UUGUUCAAAGAAGAGAGUGAACAGCCGGAGCUUAAUGGCGAAACCUAAUCGUCUAGCUAGGUUCCUUGAUUCCGGUAUCUACGAGUCAUCCGACGAUUCUAAAUGGCUAUUCUUAGACCCAGUUCGCAUAAUCAACCGUUCGUACACUCGAUUUAGGGUCUCACCUUCUGCUUACUACUCUCGUCUCUUCAACAACUCAAAGCACCUCAAUUCACAACAGCAGCAGCAGCAGCAGCAGCCCAGCGAACCUAACACGAGAAAGCGUAAACGGAAUAAGAAGAAAGACGCUAGCUUUCACCUUCCUAGUGCGGGAGAGCAAGCUUCUAGUCUUCGUCAUCAGGGGGCGAGGCUGUUCUUAUCCGAAGCGUAUGAGUCGCUUUUAGGGGAAACCGAGUUGUUGAGUUUAGUAAAGGGUCUAAGCAGUGAUGAUAGGACCAAGUCUUGUGACGACGAUGAAGUCUCUUUUGUUGAGCUAGGAGGAGUGUGGCAAGCUUCUUUGUACGAGAUAACUCUGUGUUCCAAUCUACAUUCCGAUGAUGAUAAAGAGGAAUGCAGUGAAGAGAGAGUGUUUAAGGUGUUCAAUAACCUAGUGGUGAACGAGACAGAAGAAGUUGAAGCUGAGUUUUCGAACGGGAGAUAUAUAAUGCCUAGGAAGAGUUGCUUCUACAUGUCUGAUUUACUGCACAUCCGAAACCUUGUUCCUGCUAAACAUGAGGAAGGCUUCAAUCUUAUAGUUAUUGAUCCGCCCUGGGAAAAUGCAAGCGCUCAUCAGAAGUCAAAGUAUCCGACUUUACCAAACAGAUACUUCUUGUCCCUCCCAAUCAAACAGCUCACUCAUGAUGAAGGAGCUCUUGUGGCUUUAUGGGUAACCAAUAGAGAGAAAUUACUUAACUUUGUUGAGAAAGAGCUAUUCCCUGCGUGGGGAGUUAAGUACGUAGCUACAAUGUAUUGGUUAAAGGUGAAACCAGACGGUACAAUGAUUUGCGAUCUGGACCUUGUCCAUCAUAAACCUUACGAAUAUCUGCUACUAGGCUACCGCUUUAACGAACUUGCAGAACCAAAACAUAGGUUAGAUUUUGAACUCUUGGAUAAGAACAAAGUUAUCAUAAGCAUCCCUGGAGAUUUUUCGAGGAAACCCCCAAUUGGAGAGAUACUAAUGAAACAUGUUCCCGGGUCACAACCAGCUCGGUGCCUUGAGCUAUUUGCUAGAGAAAUGGCAGCUGGAUGGACCUCUUGGGGAAACGAACCGCUUCACUUCCAGGACUCGAGAUAUUUCUUGAAAGACUAAUGUGUGCAUCAACACAUAGGUUUUGGCCAGAAGAAGACUGACUUGGACCAAUUUUCAUUGUGGGGAUACGCUGAGGAGACCUUCGGGUAGCACUAGAAGGUCUUGCCGACUGUUAAAAUAAGACGAGAAGCCUGAAAGAGCUAGAGUAAGAUUAUUGUCUGAGAGAGUCAGAAGGUCUUGCCGACUGUACCAUCAUUUUUCUUUUGACAUCAUUGUACCAUCAAUUUAGGAAGCUAAUUUUUUUUCUCCUGUCAUGGCAGAUGUUUCAGAAAAAUUAAAGAUAUCACCAGUACAGUAAAAUCACAUACUUUAUUAAUAUAUUUUAUUAGGUUUCAAUU